AUGAGACAGCGGACAGCACCAUAUGCCGACGAGGCCCCUCCGAACUAUUCGGCGCAGGAUGAACAGCCAAAAACGCCGAAGAGGAGGUGGUGGUGGAGGAAACGGGUGUGGAUACCAUCUGGAAUCCUGAUUGUCUUGCUCUUGUUCGGCAUCAUAUUUGGUGCAGCAUAUGGCGUCACGAGGUCGAAGGGAAAUGACGCGCAGACCGAUCGCGAACGAUUGUUUGCGGCAAAUGGGUCCUGGAACAUAUCAAGUUCAUCCAUACCAUCAUCUCCUACCGUUUCCUCAAGUUCAUCCAUACCACCACCUCCUACCGUUUCCUCAAGUUCCGCAGGUCAUUGGAACAACGACUACAUCUCCACGUACUCAUCAUCCAGGUCCGCGGGCCAUUGGAAUAACGAUUACCUGUCUACCUACUCAUCCUCAAGUUACUAUCCCUACCCGACUCCCUCGCCCCCACAGUCUGAUGGCAUCCUUCAACCCCAAGGACAUGUGCCACGAGAUAUCAGCGCUGCCGUAGGAGCUCCUGGACUGCUCGUUUGGAACCUGGAAUCCGACAAAAAGCUGUACAGAGCAGGGCAAGGAGAAAGCUGGGAAGCUUAUCCCGACCGCCUGUUCCUCUUCGCACCUGUGACCGUCAGCAUCAGUGAUGCAACACAAAUAGCAGUCACGGUCGACGCCACUAGCGGACGCAUUGUGUACAUGCAUUUCUACGACGGCCAAUGGGAUAGUUGGCAAGAGCUGGAAUUCGACGCGCAGUUCCUGAGGCGGCCAGUUGUAAUCUCACGAUCGCAAGGCAGAGCAGACAUCAUCAACGUCGAUAGAGACGGACAUGUCUGGAUCGUGUCCUACGACGGUACUCAGUGGAGCGAGUGGACGGAACUCGGCGACAAAGUCUACAGCGAAGUUGCAGCAACAACGUGGGGCGAAGACAGAAUUGAUAUCUUCGCCAAAUGGGGCGAAGAUGUGAUACACAAGUACUGGUCGUCUCAGUCCGGCUGGGCGGGAGAAUGGACCAAUCUCGGUGACCCCUGGGAGAGAUACUACCACGAACCAGGCGAGACCUCUGGCUCGCCACUGGCUGUCUCGUGGCGCAAUGGCGAAGACGGUACUAUUGACGUGUUUAUGACCAUGAAAGGCAAUGCGCACAAGGAAUUCCGCAACGGCGCUUGGGGCGACUGGAAGGGUAUGUCGGCCAGCCACGAAGGCUACGAAUUCCCCGACACGCAGAGCAUCGCCAGAGGAGAUGGGCAGGACGGUCGUCCGUUCGCGUAUCUUCUGUCGAGGGGUACUGAUGACUGCAUUCAUUACAUGGCACACAACGGCACAGACUGGGGUCAGUGGACCUACAUGUGGUGUUCGCGAGAAGAUCGCACAGAUUACCUGAGCAUCUACAUGCCUACAUUUAUUGCUGGAGGCGGGAGUGGGAGCGUGGAACUAGUGGCGAAGGAUAUCAUGGGCAAUGCGAUGCGGUUGGAGGUAUCUGGUGCACCUCCCGAAUGGGUGUACCAGAUUGGGAACGAUAAGUGGGAGAAUUGGGGCAUGCCGCCGGGAUAA